CGGCGGUUGCAGGGUGGGACCGGGAGCUCGAGCAGAGCUGAGCCGCGAUCCGAGCCUUCUGUGGGGACAGAGCGAGCGGCUGAGCCGGCUUUGGGGCCGGCCGCUCCGCAUCGCAGCGCUGGGGCUCGGAAAUCUCCGCUCGUUUGCCUUUAGCCGUUAAAAAGCCCGACGCGUUUUCGGCUUCGAGCGUUUCUGCGUUGAGGAAAAACCGCACCGCCCGUUUGCGGCCUUUCCUCCAGCGCUGCCAUGGGCUCCAAACACAUCGCGCAGGAAACGUUCGAUGAGGCCGUGCAGGAAAACAUCGCGGAGUUCGAGAUGGAUCCCGAGGAGGCCGUGAGGGAGGCGGUGCAGCAGUUCGAGUCCCAAGGUGUUGAUUUAAGCAAUAUUAUCAAAGCUGUGCGGCAGCCGGCCUCUGAAAAUGGGCAAAAGCAAAAGCAUGAAGUUCUGCAGACUUUAGAUUCCCUUGGGAGAUGUGUUGCUGACUCUGAUCUCACUGAAAUGGCUGAGCAGCUGGUGAUCUUCACUGACCAGUGCAAAGAACAGCUGGCUUUCCGUUACCUGGCAGGGCAGAAUGGUGCCUAUCCUGUGGUAUUCUCUGCCUGCCAGUUGGCCUCAGGAGACAGGAAUUUAAUGCUGAAAGCCUUUAAUACUCUGUCUGCCAUCUUGGAUGGGCAGCCAGACCUACUUGACUCCGCCGGCCAGGAUCUGCUGCUACAAACUCUGAGAGAAUACAAGGAGGAUGCUGAAAUGACGCUGGCUGGGAUCCGAUGCAUUCGGCAUGCCUGUCUGAAACACGAGCAGAAUAGGCAGGACUUUGUGAAGGGUGGGGUUCUGCCACUGCUGACUGGAGCCAUCGUCCUGCAUGGAGACAGUGCUGACGUCGUCCGAACGGCCUCGUCUGCUCUCAGGAUCAUGACGUUUGAUGAUGACAUCCGUGUGCCCUUUGGCCAUGCUCAUGAUCAUGCCAAAAUGAUCGUGCUGGAAAAUGAUGGCUUAAGGGUUCUCAUCGAAGCUGCAAAAGCAUUCACAGAUAACUGCAGUGUUCUCAGUGAACUGUGUGCCACCCUUUCUCGCCUCUCUGUCAGGAAUGAAUUCUGCCAAGAAAUUGUGGACCUCGGGGGCUUAAAUUUUAUGGUCUCUCUCCUGGCUGACAGCAUUGAUCAUCCAGAUGUGGUGAAGCAGGUGCUGAGUGCCAUCCGAGCCAUUGCAGGUAAUGACGAUGUGAAAGAUGCCAUAGUUACUGCUGGUGGAACCGACCUUAUUGUGCUCGCUAUAAGCCAUCACCUUGCCAACCCUCAGAUCUGUGAGCAAGGUUGUGCAGCACUGUGUGUGUUAGCAUUGCGCAAACCUGAGAACUGUAACGUCAUCAUGGAAGGUGGAGGGGCACUGGCAGCUCUUCAGGCUAUGAAAGCACACCCACGAGAAGUGGCUGUACAGAAACAGGCUUGCAUGCUGAUCCGCAACCUGGUUUCCCGGAGCCGAGACUAUUCUCAGCCCAUCUUAGAGAUGGGAGCUGAGGACCUGAUAACAGAAGCUCGUGCAACGCACAAGGACUGCGAUGAUGUGGCCAAAGCUGCACUGCGAGACCUUGGCUGCAAAGUGGAGCUCAGAGAGCUGUGGACAGGCCAGAAGGGGAGCCUGGCACAGUGAAUCAUCCGUCUCCUGAGCAACAUGAAGCCUAAGGGGGGAAACAAAGCAGCAUGGAUUAAUUUGCAGUUACAACCAGACUGGAAUAUCUGAAGCAAAUGCCUGGCUUGUGAGGCUGCAGUGAAGUUUUUUUGGGGGGGAGAUACAGCUGGAAUGGCUUUAUGCAUUCACAGGCUGCAAAUCAGCUCUGUAUAGUAAUCAUUCCUUGAAUCAUGUAGUGCCUGAAGAUGAUCUGCUUCCCCCCCACAUUAUGUGUGUUACUUGUGUACAGGAGAGAGCUGUUCCCAUGUGCUCUGCAGUAAGAGCAAAGGAGGAUGUUCAUGUGUACCACGGCAACUUGCUCUGGUUGUUUUGUCUGCCCUGUGCUGAUGGAAGCCAGCAACCCGCUCUGCUAAUGGGAUGGAUGAGGAGGAAUCCCAUAAUUUGUGAAUGUGUUCUGUCCUGUUGUGCUGUUCUUCUACUAACUUAUUUUAUUUUAUUGCUGACCAUA